AUGUCGCGGUCUCCAUUGAUGACGGGCGUUACCAUCGCAGCCAUUCUCUCUUUUUUCAUCGUCGUCUUUACUUUUUUCCAAGAAUCAUUAGAAGUUCCGUGGGUGUACGCACAUAACAAAGCAGAAGAGUAUUGGGAUCAUACUUUCUCGUAUCCACCACCACCACAGAACACCACCGCCCCCAACAACUCUACGCCUGAAGUUGAGGAGUUGAACUGCGAAGAUCCGUAUCGAAGACCAGGUUAUCUUUAUAUUCCUGCUGAUAUAAACGGUACCGAUCAGUAUAAGAAGACACAAUGGAUACCCUUUACAGAUGAUCUGCUUGAGGCGGAUGCGCCCGAUUAUGCUGUGUAUCCUUCGGCGGGCAACGUUAUCUUUAAUGCGACGGAACCUGAAGAGAAAUUCGUCGAACUUGCUUCUACACCGCGACAAUGGCUUGCUGAGGCAAUUGCUGAGAGCGACCGACGAAAGAAGGCGAUAAACGCCAAUGGCGAAGCCGGCGUUCAGGCGUUCGCUGAAAUGAAGGAUGACGGCGGCUUCGGCUGGCUCUGGGGUCGUCGCAUCAUCCUCUUCAGCGAUUCAGUCGAUCGAUUCAUGAUGCAAUUCUUCUGCGGCGAGUUCAAGCGCGGCAUGAAGCAGCCCAAGCCACACACCAUCGCCUCCUGCGAUAUUCCCGAGUUCAACUUGACAUUCCACCAUUGGCACUUCGCGGGCAGCAUGACAUACCGACCUGAUUGGUGGUGGAUGGACGACAUGGAAGAAAUAUCCCUCGAAGAACGAUGGGAUAAAUACUGGACUCCCCUGCACGACCAAGUCCGCGGUCCAAAUGGCCACCCCGAUCUAAUCCUCUGGCAAAACGGCCUCUGGGAUCAGCGCGCAUUCUGGGAAGCUGGAGAAGCUAACCACGAGAAAGACGUGUAUCCCAUGGGAACUCGCGUUCGUCAACUAGUCUGGCAAGAAAUCCGCUUCGUCGCUGCUCGAAUCCGCACGUUUGUUGAGAGAAUACACACUGAAUUCGGAGACGCGCCUGUGAUGUUCCGCGCAAUGACUAUGCAUCGUGAGAGCGACGCUAGAGAUGCGAGUAUCUAUGAUCUUGAUAGACUUGCGCGCGCGACGGCGGAGAAGGCGGGCCAUGAGGUGUUUGAAUGGGGACGCUUGAUCAGUUCGUUGUCGAUGCUGUAUAAGGAUCAGACGCAUCCGGGCAAGGGACCUGCGAGUUGGCUUUGGGGAAAUAUGGUGCUGGAGUAUCUUGCUAGAUCUGGGGGUGCGGGUGACGAGAGGAGGAAGCCGUACUUUGAGGGCUGGGAUAAGUGCCAUGAUAAGUUGGUGCAUUGGGGUGGACGAUAG